GACAUUUGUAAAGGCGCAUGCGCCGGCUUUUCAUUGUAAAAUUAUAGCCCCGAUCGGUUGAAAUCGCUAGCCGCUCUACAAGAAAAAAAAUUUCGCUGUGUUUUUUAUAUUUGGUGCGUAAUGUCGACUAACACAGAAAAGGCUAAUACACCCAGUCCCUCUUAUUCAUCUGAUAGCAAUGAUCACGAUUUUGCUGUCACUGCAGAAAUGAUGGUGGAUGGAGAAGAUUACGAAAACACUUUAGACGAGGAGGAAGAGAUGGAUGACGAAGAUGGGGAGGAUGAACUUGCUGACUUGCAAAAAGAGGGAGAAAUGCCAAUAGAAGAACUUUUGGCAAUGUAUUAUGGUAACUCAACAGAAGCGUCUGAAGUUGCACCUCAAGAGAACGUCACUGAUAACUCACCUAAAAGUGAGGGAAUAAAUACAACAAGCAACCCGUUAAAUAAUGAGACACAAGAUGAAAACAAAGAUAAUGAAAUUGAUCCAUUUUUUAAUCAACGAAUCACACGUGGAUUAGCUGCAUUGAAUUCACAAUAUUUUGAAGAGGACUUCUCAUCUGAUGAAGAUUAUCAACCAACCCCAGAAGACUGGAAAAAGGAAAUACAACUAGGGAAGGAAUAUCAAGCUGUAGUUCAAGACACAACUGCUCCAUAUGAACCUAACGAAAAAACAUGUGAUAUGGAUGAUAAACUGUUAUGGAGACCUGGUAUAGUGAGUAAAAACCAAUUACAACAAUAUUUAAACAUAGUAUAUAAACUAACUGAUGCAAACACACAAACGGCUGAUCAUGAUGAUGAACAGGCGUUGUAUACUUUACUGCAAAUGAAAGAUGUUGAAAAAGCAUUGGGACGACGACAGGAACAGGAACGACAGCCUCCGGAUGUUAGUCUGUGGUCUGAAGAAGAAUGUCAAAAUUUCGAGCAAGGAUUGCGAGUGUUUGGUAAAGAUUUCCGCCUCAUCCAGAAAAAUAAAGUUCAAACGCGCACCGUGGGUGAGAUCGUACAAUUUUACUAUUUAUGGAAGAAGACAGAGAGACACGAUGCGUUUGUUACGCAGACAAAAUUAGGACGGAAAAAAUACACUCUACCUGGGAUAGCUGAUAUGAUGGGCCGAUUCAUGGAAGAGACUGAGGGAAUGUUUUCCAGUCGUUCGGGAAGUCCAAACAUUGAACAACAAACCACCGUUAAUUAUGCAAAUAUAAGUUUAAACCAAUCAGAACCUGCAGUAACGUGUAACGGAAUAAAAGAGGAAAAUAACUUCGAUAAUUAUGAAAACCAUAAUGGUACUUAUUACGGUAAUUAUGCAAACGCUACUGCAAAGCCGGCACCGAACACAAAUAACACAUCGAACGCGGAUUCAUGGAGGACUUCCCCGAACCCUAUAUCCGUAGGUUCCGUCAACUAGUUCGUAAAAUUAAUGAAUAUCGAAUUUUUUUUAUAGUUUAUCAUGUUUUAAAGGUUAUUUAAAUAAAAACUAUUAAAACAGAAAAAAAUAAUCAAUAAAAUUGCCGUUCCUGGUAAUUAUUAACACGGAUUACCUGAUUUCCUUAUUCGAGCAAAAAAUCACUUAAGAUUUGCGUUCGCCACAAGCUGCUUUCGUGUAAGCCACUUUAUUUUAAAACCAACAGCUCGUUUCGUAUGCCCUUUAAGUAAAAUGACGAUUUUUUUUAUAUCUAAUUUAUGUAGAUAUAUAUCAGAAUUCUAUGUUCGUUCCCUGGAGUCACUGUGAGAUUAUAGAACACUGACAAGUUGUCUUUACAUGUGUCAGGGAAUGGUGAAAGCCAUCUCGUUACCAAACUUUUGAACAUACUCGUUGCUUUUCCAGUCAUUUCAGAUUUCUUAAGAGUAAUUUUUUGUAUAUAUUGUUUAUAUAUUGUGUCCGUAUUUUAUGUACGUAAAAACUCUCCCCGAAUGUUAUUUAGUUCUUCCUAUUUCAGCUUCGUAUUUCAUCUAGCUUAAAUGGAAAAAUACCAAAGCCUUUUUAUUAGGUGUCUUUCGAGUUAUAGAUAUGUUGGUCGUCUUAAUUUUUUAGAUCGACUGUUUGCUCUUCUUUUGCUAGAAUAACGCCCUUCUGAAAUUAUUGAAAAUUUGGAGUAUUCCGCUCCCCCGUAUAUUUUUACAUCUUCGAUGUUUAUUAUAUUAGCCUGGUGUGUCAAAAUCUGUAUUAAAAUCCAGGCUGAAUGUUUUUUAACGUAAUUUAUUUCUUUAUUUUAUACUGUUGUCACGUUGAUAUAUAUUUGUAGUGGUCAUAAACUGUCGUGAAGAAAAUAGAUAUUCACUCGAUUUAC